UUCAUGUCAGCCAUCACUGUGCUGGGCACCCCCGCCGAGGUGUACCGCUUCGGUGCCAUAUUCUGCAUCUUUGCCAUUGCCUACACCCUGAUGGUGUUGUGCAGCGCUGAGAUCUUCCUGCCGGUCUUCUACAGGGUGGGCAUCACCAGCACCUACGAGUAUUUAGAGCUUCGGUUUAAUAAAUACCUGCGCCUCUGUGGAACAGUCCUCUUCACUAUACAAACGAUUUUAUACACUGGUAUUGUCAUUUAUGCUCCAGCUUUAGCACUAAAUCAAGUCACUGGCUUCAACUUGUGGGGUUCGGUGGUGUCAACUGGCUUGGUCUGCACUUUCUACUGCACACUGGGCGGUCUGAAGGCAGUGGUGUGGACAGAUGUUUUCCAGAUUGGAAUCAUGGUCGCUGGAUUUUUAUCUGUGAUUAUACGAGCUUCGGUGGUUCAGGGAGGAUUCGGACGCAUUGUAAACGAUUCCUACUAUGGAGGAAGACUAAACUUCUGGGACUUUGAUCCCAGUCCUCUGCGAAGGCACACCUUCUGGACGAUUGUUGUUGGUGGGGCUUUCACGUGGGCUGGCAUAUAUGGGAUCAACCAGUCUCAAGUACAGAGAUACAUUUCAUGCAAAACCCGGUUCCAUGCAAAAUUGUCUCUCUACAUCAACCUGGUGGGCCUCUGGGUGAUCCUGACCUCCGCCACGCUGUGUGGCCUGUCCCUCUACUCCAUCUACAAGGAUUGUGACCCGUGGACAUCAAAGAAGGUGUCAGCAUUUGACCAGCUAAUGCCAUACCUAGUGGUGGAUAUUCUCCACGAUUUUCCAGGAGUGCCAGGGCUUUUUGUGGCUAGUGCCUACAGUGGAACAUUAAGUACCGUGUCCUCCAGCAUCAACGCUCUGGCUGCCGUGACUGUCGAAGACCUCAUUAAGCCGCACGUCAGAUCCCUCUCUGAAAGGACGUUGUCAAGGAUUUCUAUGGGGAUGAGCCUGUUUUAUGGCAUAGUGUGCAUUGGUAUGGCUGGACUGGCAUCUCUCAUGGGAACAAUGUUGCAGGCAGCGCUCAGCAUUUUUGGCAUGAUUGGUGGCCCCCUUUUAGGACUGUUUAGCUUGGGAAUCCUGUUCCCCUUUGUAAAUGAAAUUGGUGCAUUUGUGGGUCUUCUCAGUGGCUUUACUAUGGCACUUUGGGUUGGACUUGGGUCUCAGGUUUAUCCUCCACUCCCAGAGAAGACCAGGCCACUCUAUCUCUCAGUGGAAGGCUGUAAUAUGUCCUCAGGAAAUUUGAUGUCAACAACAAGUCCAUUCACAACAGGUUUCAAAGCACCAGCUGCAGAAAGGCCUGCCAUUGCAGACAACUUCUAUUCCCUGUCGUAUCUCUACUUCAGCACACUUGGGACAAUUAGCACAAUAGCUGUGGGAGUAAUUAUCAGCCUCCUAACAGGAGGACUAAAGCAGAACACAGACCGUAAAUUCCUACUGACCAAGGAAGAUUUCCUGUCCACCUUCUCGUGGCUUAAAUCUGGGACAGCAGAGAACACAGAAGAGUUGCACUGCGUAUCAUCUACCGUGACACAAGAAGGAGCUGACAAUCCUGCUUUCAGCCAAAUUGAAAUGGAUGUUGCAGGCAACAGCAACAAAACCAAUGACCUUUAA